CCCGAUGGGAUGGGGAGGGGGCGGGGAGCGAGGCCCCCCCAGGCGCGGGGGCCCCGUGCAGCAUUAAAGUGAGCGCCGAGUCGGCAGCAGCGGCGGCGGGGACCUGGCGUUGGCAGCAGGGCGGCCGUGAGCGUUCCUCGCGUGCCUGGCUGCUGCGGCCUCGCUGGCCGCCUGCGCGCCCCGCUCGCCGAGGCCGUGCCACGCCCCCGCGGAGGUGGAGCCGCGGCCAGGGGCGGGUCCACAGCUGGCGGCGCCCGGGCCCAGGGCGGGGGCUGUGGCAGCAGCUGCAGCAGCGGCGGCGGCAGCACCGCCAGGAGCUGCUGCAGCGGAGGCGGAGGUUGCUCCUGGACGAGUCGGGGCCGCGCAGCCGGAGCCCCAGUCCGGAGGCGCCGGGCGGUGCUCUGGGUGCUGCUGCUGCCGCCCGGCCGCCGCCGCCCGGGCCCCCGCUGCCGCCCGGGACCUGGCCGCCGCCUGCGCCCCCGCCGCCCCCGCCAGCUUGUGCGCCCCAGCCGGGACGCCGCCCCCGGCCGGGUCUCCACUUCUCGGCCGCACCUCCCAUGACAGCGCCCGCGCGAAGAUGGCUGCGAAGGGCGCGUACGGCUCCCACCUGAAGAUGGAGAGCGAGCUGGAGCGCUGCCGCGCGGAGGGCCACUGGGACCGCAUGCCCGAGCUGGUCCGGCAGCUGCAGACGCUGGUCGUGCCCGGCGGCGGAGGCAACCGACGAACCAGCCCGAGCGCCGCGUUCACCUCUCUGGACGCCGAUGACUUUGGGAAGCUGCUCCUGGCCGAGGCCCUCCUGGAGCAGUGUUUGAAGGAGAACCACACAAAGAUAAAAGACUCCAUCCCUUUGCCAGAGAAGAAUGAGCCAAAGAUGAAUGAAGCCAGAAACUACCUGAGUAGUAUCCUUAACCACGGGAGGCUGUCUCCACAGUACCUGUGUGAGGCCAUGCUGAUCCAGGGCAAGCUGCACUAUGUGGAGGGCUCAUACCGAGAUGCCAUCAGUAUGUAUGCACGGGCUGGGAUUGAUGACAUGUCCAUGGAGAACAAGCCACUGUAUCAGAUGCGGCUGCUGGCAGAGGCCUUUGUCAUCAAAGGCCUCUCCCUAGAACGCCUGCCCAACUCCAUUGCUUCCCGCCACCGCCUGACUGAGAGGGAGGAGGAAGUGAUCACCUGCUUCGAGAGGGCCUCCUGGAUUGCGCAGGUGUUCCUGCAGGAGUUGGAGAAGAUCACAAAUAACACCACAUCACGGCAUCUGAAAGGCUCUCACCCAGUUGACUAUGAGCUCACCUACUUCCUGGAAGCCGCCCUCCAGAGCGCUUAUGUGACAAACCUGAAGAAGGGGAACAUAGUGAAAGGGAUGAGAGAGCUCCGGGAGGUCCUACGCACCGUGGAAACCAAAGCAACUCAGAACUUCAAAGUGAUGGCGGCCAAGCAUCUGGCGGGGGUCCUGCUACAUUCCUUGAGUGAGGAGUGCUACUGGAGCCCCCUGUCCCUCCCGCUGCCUGAGUUCAUGAGCAAGGAGGAGAACUCCUUCAUCACGCAGGCCCUGCGGAAGCCUCACCUCUACGAAGGAGACAACCUCUACUGCCCGAAGGAUAAUAUUGAGGAAGCCCUCCUGCUGCUCCUCAUCAGUGAGUCCAUGGCUACCCGAGAUGUGGUGCUGAGCCGAGCACCGGAGCAGGAGGAGGACCGGGAAGUGAGCCUGCGGAACGCUGCAGCCAUCUAUGACCUCCUGAGCAUCACGCUGGGCAGGAGAGGCCAGUAUGUCAUGCUCUCUGAGUGCCUGGAGCGAGCCAUGAAGUUUGCCUUUGAAGAAUUUCACCUUUGGUACCAAGUGGCCCUCUCCAUGGUGGCUUGUGGGAAGUCAGCCUACGCCGUGUCUCUGCUGCGGGAGUGCAUGAAGCUUCGGCCCUCGGACCCCACUGUGCCCCUGAUGGCCGCCAAGGUCUGCAUCGGGUCCCUGCAUUGGCUGGAGGAGGCAGAGCACUUUGCCACGAUGGUGAUCGACCUGAGGGAGGAAGCCGGGGAGUUCCUCUCCAAGGGCUACCUGGCACUGGGUCUCACCUACAGCCUGCAGGCCACUGACGCGACUCUGAAAUCCAAGCAAGAUGAAUUGCACCGGAAAGCACUGCAGACACUGGAGAGAGCCCAGCAGCUGGCGCCCAGUGACCCCCAGGUCAUCCUCUAUGUCUCCCUGCAGCUGGCCCUCGUCCGCCAGAUCUCCAGUGCCAUGGAGCAGCUGCAGGAGGCCCUGAAAAUGUGCAGGGAUGAUGCCAACGCCCUCCACCUGCUGGCACUCCUCUUCUCUGCCCAGAAACACUACCAGCAUGCCCUGGAUGUUAUCAACAUGGCCAUCACAGAGUAUCCAGAGAACUUCAACCUGAUGUUCACCAAGGUGAAGCUGGAGCAGGUCCUGAAAGGCCCGGAGGAAGCCCUUGUGACCUGCAGACAAAUGCUGCGGCUGUGGCAGACCCUGUACAGCUUCUCCCAGCUGGGAGGCCUGGAAAAGGAUGGGAGCCUCGGCGAGGGUGUCACACUGAAGAAGCAGAGUGGCAUGCAUCUGACUCUGCCCGAUGCCCAUGAUGCAGACUCUGGGUCUCGGCGCGCAUCAUCCAUCGCGGCCUCCCGGCUGGAGGAGGCCAUGUCAGAGCUGACUGUGCCGAGCUCAGUCCUGAAGCAGGGCCCCAUGCAGCUGUGGACCACGCUGGAACAGAUCUGGCUCCAGGCUGCUGAGCUGUUCAUGGAGCAGCGACACCUCAAGGAAGCGGGUUUCUGCAUCCAGGAGGCAGCGGGCCUCUUUCCCACCUCACACUCGGUACUCUACAUGCGGGGCCGGCUAGCCGAGAUGAAGGGCAGCUUGGAGGAGGCCAAGCAGCUGUACAAGGAGGCACUCACGGUGAACCCCGACGGUGUGCGCAUCAUGCACAGCCUGGGUCUGAUGCUGAGUCGGCUGGGCCACAAGAGUCUGGCCCAGAAGGUGCUGCGGGACGCCGUGGAGAGGCAGAGCACCUGCCACGAGGCCUGGCAGGGCCUGGGUGAGGUGCUGCAGGCCCAGGGCCAGAGCGAGGCCGCCGUCGACUGCUUCCUCACUGCCCUCGAGCUGGAGGCCAGCAGCCCAGUGCUGCCCUUCUCCAUCAUCCCCAGAGAGCUGUGACAUUGCACAGCAGCAGCAGGGUGGGAGAGGGCUGCCCUAAGGAGUGGGGGGCAGGCAGAUGCAGGCAGGCAGCAGGGAGUACAGGGCAGGGGUGAUGUGGGACCUCAGAAAAAUACAUCUCUAGGGAACACUUCUGCAGGCUGCAGCCCUACUUCUCCUCGCCUCCCCCACUCCAGCCCUGCUUUCCUUCCAGGGCCAGCUGGGUCCGGGAGCUGUUCUUCUGGAGCUGGGUGGACCAGAUUUGCAUCAAAAGCAAAUUCUUUGCUCCUUGGGAUUCAGACAGACAUUGUGGCGUUUAUGAGCAAGGAAGUAGCUGGGAAGCCACAUCAGCAUGCGGGCAUCUCUAAAUGUGUUUGUGCAUCAUCUAAAUGUGCAGUAAGGGUCUGGGUCUCCUAGGUACUUCCCCCCCCCCCCGCCCCUACUGUCUAGAGCCCCCAUACUAUACCUACCACCUUCCACAUCCCUGACCCUAGAUUUUCCAGUGACUUUGCACAGGUAUUAGCCUUGAACUUCAGCUCCUUGUUCUCCAAUACCAAAGAUGAGCGCCACAAGCUGCCCUCUGACUAGGCCACAAGGGUUUUUUCCUGUUCCUGACUCGGUGCCUCGAGAGAUGGUAUGCUUGGACCCUAAGUGACUUACAGUCAUAGUGACCAGACUUGCUGCCCAAGAGCACAGGUUGGGGAGCCUUACAGUGAACUUUACCUCCACCUGUGCCUCUGUGCCCAGGGAGCCCCAGGGUCCUGGUCUCAGCCCCAGUCGCACUACAGGGUUUUAGGUAAUUCUCAGGUCUUGCCCAGAGCAGUCCGGGCUUGAAGAUUCUGCUGGCAAAUGGGAAGAAGUUAGGAUCUCUGGGUCCCUCUCCCAGGUUUGAGUAAUUGGAGGAUGCCCAGCUUUGCCCCUCUUUGCCCUGUGAGGCCAGUUGGGCCCCACUGCUCUUCCCCUCUGCUGCCAAGUGCCUUUUGGGCCUCUGGUGCCUGACCAGGGGCACCGAGCACCAGCCCUAACUCUACUUCCAUUUCUGCCACACUCACCUUUCUGGGAAUAUUCCCCAAAUGGCCCCCCUAGGCUCUAGAUCCUAGGAUACAAACAUGGCAGCUGGACCCAGUUCUUCCUAAUACUUUGCAUCAACAUGCUCCUUCAAGCCUUAAGUUUCUGGGCUAUGGGUACAAUGCAGAACCCUCUGAGGACAAUGGUAUGAAGAAGGGCAGUCUCUAGGACUGACCCCAGCACAUCUCACCACCCACAGCCCAUUGCCACUUCAGGCUUUUAUGGGUGACCCAACCCCCACCCCCACCCCGCCCAUCAACCUGACCAUUUGGCUCCCCCCACCUGGGGCCCGGUGGGGACUGUGGAGACCAAAGGAGGGGACAGAGCAGAUCCUUGUCAGCAGGGGACCUGGGGCUGGGGGGUUGGGUAUCUUCCCUGUCGAUUCCCUUAGCCCUGCUGUAUGAUGCUCUUGGAAUUCUCCCCCAAGAAGUCAGCCCCUCCAGCCUAUCAGGGAAUUCCUUUUUUCUCUGCACUUUGGGUUUUAGUUUUAAAGCUCCAUCUGGUACGUCUCUCUCAUCUUAAGAUGAGAGUGUGUGGACAGACUGGGCAAGGGCCGCCCUGGUUUGACAUUGCCGAGUCUGCUCCUCAGAGGGAGACCUGCCCUCCUCACCUCACUGGCUCAGCACUGCACACCCCCAGGGGCCUCCCAGAGAGGGCCUGCCCCUCCUGGCCUUCCCACUCCGUAAGGAGCACUGCAGAGGACACCGGAUCCUUCACCGCUUGGUUGAAGGAUCUCUGUCUCGAUGUGCACAUGUAUAAAUAUAAUAUAUAUAUAUGUGUGUGUGUGUGAUAGAGAUCUAUUUUUAUCUGAAAUUCUAUUAGGAAAAAAACUAAACAGAAAAAGCAAAUGCUAUUGAUUUGCCUCAGGGUGCCCAAAGAUUGGUAGUCAGUUAUUGGUAAUAGGAAAGGCACCAAAUGCAUUUUGGCUUGCAGCAUUCCUCUGGAGAAGCCUCAGAGGGCUGGGCCAAGCUGCUGGCAGUUUGAAAUAAAGGUCUUGGAUAAAGAGA